AUGUGUCAAGAUUCGCACCAUGCAUCGACUCCGGUCGAGCCCGACUCCGACGCCGAAGGUGCCUCGUUAUACUGUGACUCACUUGACAAUGCCAGUUACACCACAAGUGUGACAUCGAGCGUGCUAGACUAUCAUGUGCUACCUCGCUACUGGAUCACGAACUGUGCUGAUCAGAUACAGAACGGUCGCAGAUAUCACUCAUACCAUGAAGGAGAAUACGUUCUGCCAAAUGACGAACGGGAGCAAGAUCGCCUUGAUCUGAGCCACCACAUUUAUCUAAUGAUCCUCAAAGGAGAAUUGUGCCAAGCACCAGUCCAAAGUCCAAAGCGAGUACUAGAUCUCGGGACAGGAACAGGUUUAUGGGCAAUCGAAUAUGCAGAUACACACCCAAACUCACAGAUAAUUGGAAUUGACCUAAGCGCUAUUCAGCCAUCAUGGGUGCCUCCAAACUGCCGCUUUGAGAUUGAUGACUUUGAACAACCAUGGUCAUACAGCAAGCCAUUUGACUAUAUCCAUGGGCGCGAAUUGGAAGGUUCCAUCCGUGACCAUGAUAUGCUCUUCAAACAGGCACUUGACAAUCUGAAUCCCAAUGGAUGGUUUGAGAUGGCAAGCUUCGACGUCAAUACUUAUUCGGAUGACGGAACUCACCUCCGCGCAACGAACUUUAUGUUAUCCAUUAAGCAUAUGCACGAAUCAUCACGCAUGUUUGGAAAGGAAAUGACAUCCUCCGAAACCUGGAAAGAACGGAUGGAGAAGGCCGGGUUUGUGAAUGUCAAAGAAGAUAUCUAUAAGCUGCCCCAAAGUCCAUGGCCCAAAGACCCCAAGCUCAAAGAGCUUGGUCGGUACCAUCAACUCAACAUGCUUGAAGCUAUGCCUAUUUAUACAUAUGCGUUGUUUUCAAGAGUGCUUGGGUGGACACGCGCCGAAAUCGAGGGAUUGUUGGCAGGAAUUCGAACGGAGCUGCGAGAUACAUCGCAUCACCUAUACACGAAAUUGCGGGUGGUUUACGGCCAGAAACCCGAAGGACCUAUGGAUGCCUAA